GCGAGCGGGCCGGGGGGAGGGUGGGGGAUGGCGCGGACCCCGGGGCUGGCUCCGCUGUGUCCCGGAGGCGGCAAAGCACAACUUUCCUCCGCUUCUCCCCCCGGGGCCGGGCUCCUGCUGUCGCCCCCGACGCCACCGCCACUGCUGCUGCUGCUGCUUUUCCCGCUGCUGUUCUUCUCCCGGCUCUGUGGUGCCUUAGCUGGACCAAUUAUCGUGGAGCCACAUGUCACAGCAGUUUGGGGAAAGAAUGUUUCGUUGAAGUGUUUAAUUGAAGUAAAUGAAACUAUAACACAAAUUUCAUGGGAGAAGAUACAUGGCAAAAGUUCACAGACUGUUGCAGUUCAUCAUCCUCAAUAUGGAUUCUCUGUUCAAGGAGAGUAUCAGGGAAGAGUCUUGUUUAAAAACUAUUCACUUAAUGAUGCAACAAUUACUCUACAUAACAUAGGAUUCUCUGAUUCUGGAAAAUACAUAUGCAAAGCUGUUACAUUCCCGCUUGGAAAUGCACAGUCCUCUACAACUGUAACUGUAUUAGUUGAACCCACUGUCAGCCUGAUAAAAGGGCCAGAUUCUUUAAUUGAUGGAGGAAAUGAAACAGUAGCAGCCAUUUGUAUCGCAGCCACUGGAAAACCAGUUGCACAUAUUGAUUGGGAAGGUGAUCUUGGCGAAAUGGAAUCCACUACGACUUCUUUUCCAAAUGAAACAGCAACAAUUGUCAGCCAAUACAAGCUUUUUCCUACCAGAUUUGCUAGAGGAAGGCGAAUUACUUGUGUUGUCAAACAUCCAGCCUUGGAAAAGGACAUUCGAUAUUCUUUCAUAUUAGAUAUACAGUAUGCUCCUGAGGUUUCAGUAACAGGCUAUGAUGGAAACUGGUUUGUUGGAAGAAAGGGUGUUAAUCUCAAGUGUAAUGCUGACGCAAAUCCACCACCCUUCAAGUCUGUGUGGAGCAGGUUGGAUGGACAGUGGCCUGAUGGUUUACUGGCUUCAGACAAUACUCUUCAUUUUGUCCACCCACUGACUUUUAAUUAUUCUGGUGUUUAUGUCUGUAAAGUGACCAAUUCCCUUGGUCAAAGAAGUGAUCAAAAGAUCAUCUACAUUUCAGAUGUUCCAUUUAAACAGACCUCUUCUAUAGCUGUGGCUGGAGCUGUAAUUGGAGCUGUCCUUGCCCUUUUCAUCAUUGCCAUCUUUGUGACUGUGUUGCUGACUCCUCGGAAAAAGAGACCAUCCUACCUUGACAAAGUGAUCGACCUUCCACCCACACAUAAACCACCUCCUGUGUAUGAAGAGCGAUCCCCUCCUUUGCCUCAGAAAGAUCUUCUAUAUCAGACUGAACACUUGCCUCUGCAGACUCAGUUCAAAGAAAGAGAGGUUGGCAGUCUCCAGCACUCUAAUGGACUGAAUAGCAGGAGAUUUGACUAUGAAGAUGAGAAUCCAGCGGGGGCAGAUGGGAUUCAGCAGAUGUACCCCCUCUACGAUCAGAUGUGCUACCAAGACCAGAGCCCUGGCAAGCAUCAUCCAAACCAUGACCCGGAGAGGGUCUAUAUCAACCCGCGGGAACACUACGUGUGACUAUCCUCUUUUUCCAAUGGGUGUUCUAACAAAUGUUUAUUCUUAGACUGGGGAGAGAAACUGAGGCCAGUAGGUAUGAUUUUAUUCUCAUAUAAAGCAGACCUGGUCUAAGUGUAUCAGAAGUGGUGAUAAAUGGCUUGGAGCCAACAGCGGAUUCCUUCCCUCCAUUAAGAAUUUUUUAACCACCAGCUGUGUUUGUGAACUUGACUCUAGCUUUGUGUGUUUUUGUGAUGAUGGUGUUUAACUACUAACAUUUGGCCUACAAUGGCACGUUCAUUUAAAAGCAGAGCAUCUGCCUGGGAUGACAGCCGUGAUUCUCCAGACAGAAAGGCCCCAGCUGGGAAUAUUAACCUUGCUGGGUCUCAGGCAGUCCAGCCUGUUCAUCUAUAACUCAAACAGGCAGAAAAAGGAGCUCAAAAUCCAUCUCACUGAUUAUUUAGUUGGGAUUUGGCUUUCCCUGGCAUGCUUAAUAUAAUUACAAUACCUGCUUACAAACAAGAGGCUGGAAGAAAGAGGCAAAAUUUGCCAUUUAUCCCCAAAAUAACAACCAAAUGCAGUAUAAACCUUCAAGCCUGUUGGUUGCUUUUAGACUCUUGGGCUAUUGUAAUAUGUGUUCCUUCGUGAUCACUGUCAUCCCGAGGGAUGCAUAUUUCUUGCUGUUGUCUGCCUGGUCUUGAUUAGCUGUGUACAAACCAAGGUUCUUCUCUCACUUGGUCAUUGUUCCCACAGUUCUGCUCUUUACAGGCCAGACUAGCCUAGUUCCCACCUAUUAAAUUCUAAAAGCCCUGUCUAAAUGGUGGACAGCCUUGAGCCUUUUCCCUCUUUUCUGUGGUGUUGUAUGUGACAGGCUCGGCUUUCACUACUGAAAUUUCUUUCAAACUAAUCCUAUCCACCCAGGUUUCAGCUACCCUCUGCAUUCUUCAGACUACUUGCUGUCCAUGUUUUAUCUACCUCAGAAAAAAAGCCUGCUGGAAAAUCACCAUGAAAUAACUCAUGCUCUUAAAGCCAAGUAGAAAGUCUGAAAAGCUAAAAAAAAAAAACAAAAAAAAACCCCUACCUUAAUAUGGCAUAUGUGCUAAUCAUGUGAUCCUUGAUCCCUCCCCCCCUACUUUCCCUGGUAAACAAUUAGAGUGAAGAGAUGCUAAAGUGCAAAUAAUACAAUUGACUGACUUACCAGUGUAUCCUGCAACACCUUGGUGCCUGCCAAUAUCUGUCGGGAGUUUUCUCACUUCCCUUUGCCAACUUUUCCUUGCUGAGCUUGAAGGUAGCAAUUAUAGUGGUGAGAGCAGAGGAGCGAGCACAGGUACACGUGCAGGUGUCAAUCACCCUCCCGCACAUCUUAAGGAAAGCAUUGCUUUACUCUGUGCUCUGGGAGAUUAUAGGUCUGUCACAGAUGUAAAAAACACUGCAGACUUGUCAUAUAUUAGGGGAAAGUGACAUAAAGCACUAAAAUAAAAUAGUACACAUUUCCAGCCUAAGCUUCAAGGGGAUAGAAUAUUAACAUAGAUUUCUCAUAGGAUACCAAAGAAAUGUUUUGAUUCAUGUUGUGCUGCCUCUAUUUCUUGCUUGUAUGUUUGUUUCCUUUUUUUUAGGUGCCAUGCUUUGUCAGACAAACUAUCCAGGUAGUUCUGCAGUGGUAAUUCCACCCCCCUUCAAUUACCUGGGUGGCCAACAGUUCUGUAAAAGAUGAUGGUUAUAUGGCAUCAAAGGGUAAAUUCCAGGCACCAUCAUUGCUGUAUCACUGUGCUACCUCAGAGUUAGUUUACUGCCCUUGCUAGCAAGCUAACACAGAAAGAGGACAUCUGACUUUAUUACUUAUAAUCCCAUCAGUGAGUUAACGUAACUGAAGGUGCAGAGAUUCUUGCAAUUGUUUUCCAAUAGAAAGAUAACUCCAGUCGGAGCUCUCCUUGAUAAGGAGGUAUUUUAUAAAUACUGGCUGUUACAGAGGAGGAGAUACUGUGGUGCAUUGCCUCCUUUAGUGAGCUUUAAAAAUGUCUUACACCUUGAUGAUGGUUUCUAGGGUCCUGCUGGGAAGCAGGUUGUUGAAUUAGUGUCAGAAAAGUGUACCCUGGACCUAGGGGAGAUAGAGAUCAUUUGCACUAGGGAAAGAGAUUUGGAAGAACUGAAUUUCAGAGCCCUUUGACCUGUCUUUCACCCUCCCUACCAAGAACCCACUAUUGCAUCUUUUUUUUUUCACAUUCUCAGUGUAGUUCUAGAAAAGAAAUCUCAGGAUAUAGACACCUCUCUCAAAAGCCAGCCAGUUCAAUAUCCUCUUUACCUUUCUGUCAGCUAUGCUAUUUCUUGAACAAACUGGUAGAUUUUAUAGCUGUUGGCCCCUCUACUUGGGUCACAGAAGCUAUAUAAUUGGUGAUCCUGGUGCCUCCCAUCUGUUCUCUCUAAAUACUGAGUGGAAUAGAAAGGAGCUUUAAAAGGGUUUGAUCAACCAGCCCCCUCAACCAAAAAAUACCAUCCAAAAUUAACCUGAUGAGCUCUAAAUUUGGAGCCUAGACUACUUGACGAUGGCCAUUUAAAUUUGGAAUAGACUCUUAAAGGUCAGUGAGUGAGGCUUAAGGAUGUAAGCCUCAGCUGAUACUAGAUACUCUCCCCAUAACUGGUUUGCUAAAACACACUGAAACAGAAAUAAAUCCCCAGAGUGCUUAUCCACUUAUGGUUGCAGCUUUGCGUUUCAAGGGGAAGUGUGCAGACCCCAUCCUAAACACCGGCCUUGGCUGCCUGUUUUGUAGGCAGCCCAAGCUCCGGGAAUGUGCAUUAUAGCUGCAGUAGCCGAUCGCCAGGUUCUUUGCACAGCACACUGAAAUAGAGCAUCUGCACCAUUUAGGAUUACUCUGACAUAAUGGGAUAGGAAUUUAGAUUAAUUCUUAAAUGGCAGUGAUUUAUUGCCUCUUCUGUGAGGGUCCCCCUAUCCCGGGCUUUCUUAUAUGUUCUAAAAUUGGAGAAGUCCAUGCUCUUUGAGGCAUGCACUAUAAAAUUCUUACCUGUGCUAGGCUUCCCGGUAACAUGCACUUAGUAAAUACUAAAGAAAUGUGCUGUAAACUAAAUGAACUGGUCCCCUCAUUAAUUUUAUGGCCUUGUUUACUCAUAGAGAUAGUACAGUUUCUUCAUCCAUCUUUUGGGAAUGCUUUCCUAGUUCCUCUUUCACAACAGUCUAAAGCUCACUAUGUUUUUCGUUGUGUAGUUUUCCCUGCAGUGUACUCGUCUCCUACUGCUAUUCUUUAUUUGCAACAGAACCUUUCUUCAAGCCUCUUGUUUCCUGGGGCAUAGAAGAUACAUCAUUAUACCAAGAAUCAGAGAACAGGUUCUAGUCCCAGCUUCACCCCUUUCUAGCCAUGGAAACUUAGGCAAGUCCUCUAAUCUGUCUAGGGCAUCAGUUGCCCCUGUUCCUAAAGCAGAGAUUAUAAUACCUUCCCUGUCAGCCUCUCAGAAAUGGGGGAAGAGUUAAACACGGUAAUGAUGCAUGGGAAAUUGUUAAGUUCUCUUCACAUGAAGAUGCCCAAGACUCUACCAUUGCUGCGUGUUCAACCUGAGCUCCCAGCACCCUUGCCAGCAUUUAGAGUACCAUAGUGUCCUCAGGGAGAACCAAGUGCCAGAUGAAAAUUUGAGUUCAACCUGAUUUGAGUACAGCCAAGUGAAAACGGUAGACAUCUCUUUUACUGUAACAAGCAUCUGUCACAUGGAGGGCUUCAUAUCUGGAUUUUAGCCUUUUAAACUCUGCUGACCAGUUGUUGCUCUUGAUUUACCGGUUACUACUGAGAACAGCUACCAUUACUGAGGGUGUAGUAUGCGCUGGAUUCCAGGGCAAGCACCUUACCUGAAUCAUUUCACUGAUUAGACCCAAACUUCUGUUUUGUCCCCUUGCGAGGAGCCCCUGUGGGAACAGAACGGCUCCUACUCUGCACACCCCCAGAUCAUACCACUCAGCAGUUUGCUGUUACUUCUUCCAAGUCUGCUCUGGGGGAGUGGUGUACGGGAAGAGGCUUUCCUGACUUCGUUUUUAAGCAGAGGUCUAAGGGGGUACAUGGAAGAAAACCAUAAGAGAUGUUUACUGAGAGGAAAGCAAUUGUAUAUGCUCACCUUUACUCACUUUUUGAACUUUUCAAAAUACUCAGAAAGAGUCCCAUAUCUAUUAGAUUAACCAUAGAUAAUAACCAUAACUGCCUCCUCCCCGCAGUCUCACCAGGUGGUGUAUUACACUGAAAUCAGAUUUUAAGCCAAUUGCUGCGUCAUUCGUGUAUAUAAACAAGCGGGUACCAGAACGGGCAUUCUGUAAUAAUAGUCUGUCAUAUAAGAUUGAAGAAGUCCUCAGUCUAUUCUUUUAGAGAAGCCAACGGUAUCUUAUGCAAAAGGGUUAUUAGACGUGAAUCCAGUCAUAUUCCAGCAGAUUCAGUGCCAGACAGCCUGAUUCCAUUUAACUUCUAGACACAGGACAGGUUAGUAAUCUAGGCAUCAUGGGGCUAGUGGGCUUACUAGAGCUGUAUGCCCUGUUCCUGGAAGGGAUGGAGUGCCCUACAGUACCGGGGCCAAUGCACAUACCUUUAACACCACUAAUUUGACUGAUUCAAAACUAAUCACUUAUUAACGAAGUCUCUGGUGCUGAGCUCUUGUGGUGAUAGCAUCUGAAGUGACUCUGAAGUGAGUUUUUCAGAUACUAACAAACUGUGGAAGGUGUAGUCCCAAAGAGGAAACUUCACGUGUUAACUAAACACUCCUAGGGUGUAUAUUAAGACCAACUAACAUAUGCCAAAAUAAUUGAAAUUACGCUCCACGUAACAAAAUGUGUUAAGGAUUCCUUGUGUUAUCACACCCUCGCACUGGGGUACGGUCUGUUCACCGCUCUGAUGUCAGCCACCUGCUGAAUAGUCUCACUGACAUUUCUCCUUAGUGGCAGCCUUUCCCUUCUUACGGGUGGAGGUGUGUUUGUGUGAUAGAGAAAGACAGACAGACAGAGGAGAGAGAAGCCUACUUAAAAUUCACAGUUGAAAAAAAAUUUUUUGCAAUUCACACAUACAGGAGAACGCUCACAUCUACAAACGUUCCGUUAUUUCAGACCCAUUUUAUUAUAUUUGCUUUAGCAUUAUCUCUGCAAAAAGUUAGUGGUGGGAACAGAAGCCAUAUUUACCUUAACAGCUGAAAUAUGUAAAAUAUUAGGUUUAUUUCUAAUGUAUUUCCAUUAUUAGGUUAGUUAUUAUCUAUUCACCUUUCAGUUUGAUUGUGGAAGUUUGCAGCCAAGUAGACUAGAAUAAAAGAGAAUGUCAAAAAUUCAGAUGACACUAAACAUCUUUUUAUCAAACGUUAUCAAUUGAGAGCAUGAUGUAGAAGUUCCUUGUAUAUCUCAGGGAGAAGGGAAACCACCAUUGGCAAAUAAAAGGAUUCUCCAUUCCAUUGGUUGGGAAUAAAUGCCUUCCACUGAUCCAUUCCCCAGAAUAUUCUAAUCAGUGUUUGGGGGCUAAGGCCAUGAUAUAUAUCAAAUUGCACACCUCCCGAAACCAAAAAGUUCUAGUUACAUCCAAUGUCUGUUACCUUUAGCUUGAGGUGUAGGGAUAAAUGCCUGAGUUUGAGGCGGAAAAGGUGUUGUGAGUAUUUAUGGAAAACAGCAACAUCUCUAUGACUCUUUCUGACCAAUAAGUGGUGAGAAGCAUUUUGCAAAUGUCCUGUACUAUAUAAAUGCACGGUGAAUAAUCUGGAGGGUCCUCGGGUAGAAAUGUGCUCUUGUGUAGCUCAGUUCAGAAUACUAAUCCACCUACUGUUUUCAGAAGGCAGCACCGUGUCCUCUAAAGUGCCCCCAUCCUAGAACUGUGUUGUUUACAGUUGCCCGUUGCACAAGAUUUACACAGGGAGCAUGUCAUUUGGACCCAAGGAGAUAGACUAAUGGAAUUGAAAAUUUUUACCCCAUCUGGAGGUGGGAGACUGAACAGUCCCCUUCUUGAGAUUUUUCCUAGCUUUACCAUUUAAAGUUCUUAUGAUCAGGUUUCCUGCGGCUCACUAGGACCCUCGGUAUCAUGGCCUAAACCAGUUGUGUUUAUUAUCAUGGCAUGGGACCGAGCUGUGAAAGUUGAUUAGAGGAGACCUGGAGGGAAAGCACCCCUGGGAAUCCAGAACAUCAGAUUUGCUACGCUGGCUUAGAACUGUGGCCUAUCCUGUUACAAAUAUGUCUGACAGCCAUGAAGGAGUGUUUUAUGUGUCUCCUGCAGAGGUUAGGAAUGUACUUCAAACAUUUAUAAUGUCCCUUAAUAACUCACAGUGGGUCUAUAAAGCCCAAAGUUCCACAUGAUUUCCCAAACGCAUGGGCACCAUUGUUUUGGUUUUCAUUAUUCUUGCCAAAAGUGACCAGCUUUUUUUUUUUUAAUCCACCCUAACACAUUGAUCAGGCUAAAUUAAAUUCUUCUCACAAGCCAUGCUGAAGGCUCGGCAUUAUCAUAUUUAACUACAGACAGCAGUGUUUUGUCCUAAAUGCGUUAGUUUGCACUUGCCCACACUGUGGCUGUAAUGCCUCUGUUUUUUCACAUGGUCUUAUGAGAACUUGUUGCUAUAUUCCCUUCAAACGAGCAUUUCAAUACCCAGAAGAGCAUUUGUCAUCUUAGGUUUCACUGUGUACUUGAAAUUCCAAGUCCUUUGUGAAAAAAUGUUAAGUAGCUGGUGUUGCUACUGGAUCUGAGGAUUAUUCCACUUGUCCAUCCAGAAAAGUUCCUGUUUAUCCUCUCCCUUCUGUUUCUAUUUCUAAGCCAGUGCUUUAAGGCGUAACAUCUGCUCCAGCCUGUUCACUCUCCAUGUGGUCUUAACCUCUUCGCUUCCUUACUUCUCGGGUUCCCCCCUGUAAGCUGGUACUUUCCACCUCACAGGGGUUCUAUGGAGAGGGAAAAUAAGACGUUUAAGGGUUGUCUUCAAGAGAGGUCCUACUUUUAAAGUGAUUUUAUAAAAGCCCCUUGGCUUAGAAAUGAGAAACUCUAUAGCUAUUAUUUUUUCCUAUUCCUAUUUUGCUAUUUUUAUUUCUGAAAGGUGAUCUCUAUCAGAAUAGAGUCUUUACUUUGGUUUUAGCUUUUUUCUCAUUAACCCUUUUAAUACUAAAAUUGUACUGUCUACCUUAUCCACGCUCUGAACUUUUUCCCUAUAGAGCCAGAAUUGAUUCUCCCACGACAAAUCCCGCGUGCUCUGACUUCCAUCAUUGAACAAAUUCAUGUCUUCCAAAAAGAAGCUUCUGGCUCUGGACAUAAGAAGUCAGAAGCCAAAUGAGGUCUCACUUUGGCCCUGGCAAGCUCUCACCGUGUGCCUUGGUUCUCCCUGUGUAAACUGAGGUUAAUUCUGCUAUUUCACAGCACCUGGGUGUUGUGAGUCCUGACCAAUAAAUGGUGAAAAGCAUUUUGCGAAUGUCCUGUACUAUAUAAAUGCAUAGGAAAUAAUCUGAAGAAUCCUCAAGUAGAAAUGUGUUCUUGUAUAGCUCAAUUCAGAAUGCUUAUCCACCAGUUGUUUUCAAAAGAAACAUUUUACUAACUUGUUCUUUUUUUAAGUGAAAAUUAGUUUCUAGUCAUUUGACCUAUUUUUAUUUUUCUGUGUAAGAGAUGAUCAGUAGCAUAUAUUCCUGCUUUUCAGAAAAUAGCCAGGUUGUGUUUUAAGUGUUAAAACUGAAAGGGUUACAUAACAAUGUAGUGGGGUAAGGAGGAGGAGGGUUCUAGCUCAAAUGUAGCAAGAUAGAGAAAUAUGUAGAUUAGCUUUGAUUCUGAAAUUGUGUUAUAAAUAGUAGAUGUCAAUGUGGUUGUUUUUAGAUACUCUUUAUUUUUAAGUCAUCAGAAAUUGUCUUUUAUUUUUGUAGUUUUGAACUAUAUGAUUCUUGACAAGUUUUGAAUAAAGUUUUUAUCAACUAAA